AUGAUCGAGAAUUUUUAUGGAGUGGCUCGACAACAUUGUGGCUCCAACACCAAUCUGAACGCUGAAAAUUUCUUGAAUGCUCUCAAUAAUUUUUUAAGUGCCUUAAUUGUUGGCUUACAAUUCAACAAAGAGAAAGAUCAAUCCACAAGAUUACCAUAUGAGUAUUAUUGUUGCUUCCCAUCACCAGAACAUAUUAAUUAUAUUGUUAUUGGUGAAUUUGAAAGAGCAUGUCGCACUUUUGCCAUGCUUUCAGAUGCUGAAUAUGAAGCUCCAACCAUUCAUACUCUAUUGUUUAAUUUGAAUAUACCUGGUAUUGAAGUUUUACUUACAAAAGAAUUCAAAUUGAAACAAUAUUCGAAUAAUGAUAUUGUGGAAUUCGAUAAAUUGGAGCAGCAAUGGAACAGAACACAUCAACCACACAACAUGCUGCAAAAUUUCAAAAACAAACAAUCCAAUGCACAUAUCACCAUUGGAGGAAUUAUCUAUCACAAACAACAAUUGAUACGUCAAGUAACAUUUAGUCACAAAACUUCUUGUGAUGUUUCGAGAUAUAGAAGGUUCGAUAAGAGAAAACCUAACACUAUCUCACAACAAUCAAACUCCCUCUCAUGGCCACUCUAUUCUCAACUGACUUCUCAAGAACAAAUUGAAAAACCAGAAGCAAAUCAGACUCUCAAUUCCGAAUAUUUAAGUAUUGGUGAUUAUGUUCUCCAAUUAGAUGAAAACAAUCAUGUCUUCAUCUGCCAAAUUAAGCAAAUCAAACAGUGGACAAAAAGGACUAAGAAGAACAAAAAACCUUUGCCAGGAUGGGAAGGAGAAGAUUAUUUAUAUUCUAUCAAAUGGGAAUACCGAAGAGAUACUAAAAUGGGAGAGCUCAAUACUUUUAGAUUUUUCAUGAAAACUUUUGUUGUGAAUGAAGCAGAUUGCAGAUUGAUAGACGUUUCUAAAGAUUUUACACAAUAUUAUGAGGAAUUUACUUCGUUUCCAAGAACCGUCAUUGUGGAGAACGGUUUUUUAGUAAGCAAAAUAAACUGA